AUGCAUCUCGCCCUCCAGAAUGAAGACAUUCUCCAUGAGAUAUUUUGGCACCUUUCGGCUGCCCCUGGUUACUAUUUCCCCCCUUUGACGGUCGUUGGGCGGGUCGAAACAAGAGCCCUUUUGAGCGCGGCCCUCACCUGUCGUCUAUUCACUGAGCCGGCGUUAGACAAACUAUGGUGGGAGAUCGAUACGAUACUUGCCAUACUGGGGUGUUUAUCCAGCUUCGCCAUGGACAAUGAGGAUGGUUCAGAAAGUCAAACCUGGUAUCUCAAUGGGCCAAUUACAAGCUCUGACUGGACCAUCGUUGAUAAGUAUGCAAGGCGUGUCCGAUCGUUCCAGUACAACGAAGAAGUGAACGUCGAUCCAUCAGUAUACGUCCAGAUGCUACGGUCGCGUCCUCACAACCCUCUUUUUCCCCAGCUGCGAAACCUCCAUAGUUUAGUUGGACCAGGAGCUGGACUUCUGCUCUGCCAAAGUCCUUCCUUGCGACGAGUCAGUAUCGACGCGAUCACCGAGGAUAGCGAAUACGACUUCUACCCAGCGAUCUGGAACCUCAUUGACGAGCUGCCCGAAUCAGCACCAUUGUUGGAGCAGCUAUCCCUCGAGGCUGCUCUCCAGCCAUCAGCCUACAGCCGGCUUGAUAGAUUUCAAAAUAUGCGAAGUAUCCACAUUCGCUACCAGCCCUAUGGCCAAGACGAGGAAACACCGACGGAUUUCGCCCUGUUGACCCCCCUCUCUUCACUGCCACAUCUCACUCGCCUCUCAUUGGUCCACGGUUCGCCCGCCUCACCAAUCGUGCAAAAAAUACCUCCAACUAUUGCUGAUUUCUCAGCUUUAACUCAGCUGCACUUUCGAGCCGCUUGGGAUCAAAUUUUGACGAUGCUCGAAGUCGUACGAUUUGACCGACUGUCUUUCUUUUCCUUGCAUGUCAUCCGGCCUCCUGCCUGGACAGAAGAUACAACAAACGAUCAGUGGGCUGUUGACGGAUGGAAGAAGAUAUUCUACUUUUUACACACAAAGACGGGGGGUUUGCUCAAGGAGUUACAGCUCAGACUGGUUCGUGGCUGGGACGAUGAAUUUAGGCCUAUGCCACCGGGGGUUCAAACCCCGCUCUACAUCGAAGACGCACGCAUCCUCAGGAAUUUGACGAUCGUGAACAUCAUGUUCCCCCUCGUUCAUUCGCUAACGAACCACGACGUCGCCUUGCUGACCGAGGCGUGGCCUUUCCUCGAGUCUUUGCAUCUCAUGACAGAGAAGCGUGGUACGGCCAAUUUUGCCGCGUUCGUUAAGAUCGCUACAGGACUCCCUCGACUGAAGAAGCUCGGCCUAUGCAUCAGGGCCGACGACGGUCUCCCGAAUCGCCAUCAAGUGCCGAUCCUUUCUCAUCCUCUCCAGGAAUUCGACGUCAUGGGUUCAUCCAUCGAUGAUCCUUCCAAAUUGGCGUGUCUCCUCGAUCGGCUGUUCCCCAAUCUCUUCACGUAUUUGUCAGGACCUAUCAAGAAUUCAGACUGGGAUGUCAUCGACAAGUACGCAAAACGUGUACGGUCGUUGUAUUUUAUCGAUUCCGAAGGAGUGGACGCUUCAGUUUAUCUCCACCUGAUGCGCUCUCGCCCAAACGUCCCCCUUUUCCCCUACCUUCAAGACCUUUGCGCGAAUUUGGAAUCGGGAACCGCUCUGAUGCUCCUACACACUCCAUCUCUCCGUAGAAUUUUCCUGGGGUUACAAGGGCCUCCUGGAGAGCGUUGCUUUCCCGCCAUUUGGAACUUCGUGGAUGAAUUGCCCGAAUCGGCUCCUCGAUUGGAGCGGCUUGACCUGGGCCUUUUCUCCCUUAGGCUUCCAGAUCACACCCACCGUUCCCUACGCCGAUGUCAAAACUUGCGGUCUUUGCAUGUUUUUUACGGGCCACACGCCGUUGAUGCAGCCUCGCCGACGGAUCCAAGCACUCUCGGAGUUCUUUCAGAGUUAGAUCAUCUUAAUCACCUGCAUUUCUCCCUCGGAAGCGCGACAUCCCCAGUCGUCCACAAACGCCCUCUAUCCACGGCAUUCAGAUUCCUAUCUCUUACAAGACUGACGGUAUCUGCCGCUUGGAGCCAGGUAGUCCCUUUGAUGUCCGCUGCAUCAUUUAUCAAGCUGGCGUCGCUGGACGUCGAGGUGCUGGAGCCUUAUCCAUGGCAGACCUCGCCAGAUCCCCCGCCGGUGCACUGGGGGACAGACGCCUGGACGUCAUUCAUAGAACUUUUACGAAACAAUAUCAAUCAUACAAUCGAAGAACUCAGCGUGCGGACUCAUACCCGAGUUCGCGAUCAGCCUGAUCAGACGGGCUUGCAACGCCCAAAACUUGGAGACCUCUCUUUCCUCCCCAACCUGACGAAACUCCACAUCGCCUGCCCAUUCCUUCCGACUCUCAUAAACGAGGACAUUUUUUGCCUUUCGGAGGCCUGUCCCCGUCUGCAGCACCUCCACCUCCAAACACAAUUCCUCGGCAGCAUCGACUUCCGAGCCCUCAUGAUCAUCGCCGAUGCGCUCCCCGACUUGCGCUCGCUCGGCCUGUCCAUCCACGCGGAGACGAUUCCACAUCACACCGAAAUUCCUGUCAAGUCCCAUCGGCUCGAGAUUUUUGACCCGUUAACGUCUUCGAUCAAGCAUCCCGCCAACUUUGCACACAGUUUCGACAGGAUUUUCCCGCAUAUUGAGGACCUCUUGCUGACAGGAAGGGCGAAGGACCUGUGGUCGCAGAUCGAUUCACUUCUUAGAAAAUUCCAGAUUGCACGGCAGGAUGAAGUUCUGCGAGUCCGGGAUGCGAAUCCUAAUCCUCAUCCAACGGGCAUGGCUGUAGAUGAGUAA